AUGAGCGACAAGAAGCGCAAGCUCGCAGAGGAGACACCGGCCGAGGACAAGGAGAAGAAGGAGAAGAAGGAGAAGAAGGAGAAGAAGGAGAAGAAGAAGGAAAAGAAGGCCGAGCAGGAGAUCGUCGACGUUGCCCCCGCAGAGACGGCCGCCACGAAGGAGGUCGAGGAGAAGGAGGCCAAGGAGCAAAAUUCCGAGACCGAACAGCAAGAGAAGCGAGAAAAGAAGAAGGCCGAGAAGAAGGAGAAGGCCGAGAGGAAGAACAAGCGCAAGCACGCCGAAACUGAGGUCAGCGAGUCGGAACGUGCCGCGAAGAAGGCUGCGAAACUUGAGAAGAACGACGGGAAGAAGAAUAAGACCGCCGUAGCAGAGCCCGUGGCCCAAACCCAGGAUGAGCCGGCCGCUGAACCGGCCGCUGAGCCUGCCGAGAAGAACUCCCGUUUCAUCUGCUUCGUCGGAAACCUGCCUUACUCGGCCACUCACGAGUCUCUCACAAAACACUUCGAGAAGAACCCGCCCGCGGCGGUGCGCGUCGCCACCAAGAAAGACGCCCCAACCAAAUGCCGCGGCUUCGCCUUCAUCGAAUUCGACAACUUCGACCGCAUGAAGACCUGUCUCAAGCUGUACCAUCACUCUAUGUUCGACGAUGGCAAGUACCCGCCACGCCGGAUCAAUGUGGAGCUGACUGCUGGUGGCGGCGGCGCCAACUCCGAGCACCGCAGAGCCAAGAUCCAAGCUAAGAACGAGAAACUCAACGAGGAGCGCUCGCGCAACGCCAAGUCUAUCCAGAAGGAUCAGAAGAAGCAUGACAAGAAGAAGGCCCAGGGAUUCAGCGGUGCCAACGCCAUCGCCGUCGAUGCUGCUGACGACAAGUGGGCGGGUGUGCACCCGAGCCGUCGGCCACGGAUGCAGUAG